AUGCCACAUCAGCGAAUUCCGUUCAUCGACGAUAUGGAAGCCUCCGCUCCGCCGUCGAAAUCAGUAAGCGUGGAUGUCGUCGGAAGCCCCCCGAAACGAGCCCCUCUACGUCGUCAGCCGACGGUCGACGACACCGACGGUGACGUUCGCGACUCGCCCGAUGAAGUCGUUCGAUUCCAUGACACGGGAGCGAGCUCCCCCGAGCAUCCGCGGAGGAAGUUCUUCCGAAAACUUCGGCUGUUCAAAAUGCCGGCCCGGAGAGUGGAUUCGUCCACGUCGGAAGAAGAGGCCCGCACCCCAUUGCAAGGAUCCAGUUUUCAUUUCACUCGAUCUAUUCUAUCGGGGAAAAGUAGCAACGAAUCGAACCUCACGCAGAAGACAAGACUGCCGACCUCGGAUUCAGAAUGGGAGGACGAGCGGAAAAUGUCUAUCAAGAACGGCGUCGGUCAGAAAGCCCCCGUCGUCCAGAAAUCAUCGCUGAAAAAGAAUCCAUCAAACUCCGAUCGUAACGGACAAGAAAGACCGCCGAAAGUGAGCAAGAAGCAAAUUGAGGAAUUCUUAGAUGAGCUGUCGUCGGGCUCUUAUCAUUCGAGCGAACGACCGUCACAAAUAUUUUUCAACAAUAAGGCGACGGGACGCACCUACCGCUCUCAGUCGGUGUUCUCGGCCGACCCUUCGUCGCCGUACUACGUUUCGAAAGGAGUUGAAAGCAACGAUAACGUCAGACGCUCGCCAAGUGUGUCCUGCGUUCUCGAGAUCCUUCGACGGGAACAACGCGAAGCCGAGCUGAAAGGAAUUGUGAUCCCGCCUGGAAUAUCGCUAGCUGCAUUCGAUAAGCCGAAAGUCAGCACCAUCAGACAGCACUACUAUCCCGAAGGCGGCUGGGGCUGGGUGAUAUGUUCGAUAGCCGUCUUCAUUCAUUUUCUCGUCUACGGAAUUUACUGGUCCUUCCCGUUGCUCAUUCUCCGGAUCAGGAAUCAGUUCAAGUACACAGUGGAAAUCUUCCCUUCAGUUUGCCUGGGCGCUAUGUCAAUGGCGGUAUCCCUCUUCUGCUCGCCAUGGGUCGUUGGCGUUUGCCGUCGGAAGAGCACCCGUCUACUUGCCGUCCUCGGAGGACUUGUGGCGGCGUUGGCCGUUCUCUUCACGUCUUUCGCCUCCCAGUUCCAUCAGCUAUUCAUCAGCUACGGCCUCAUUCUCGGCUGUGGAAUCUCAAUGACUAGAGACUGCUCAGUCUUCAUGGUUGGACAGUACUUCAAGAAACGCCGAGAACUCGUCGAGCUCAUCUUGGCAACCGGAACCGGCACCGGAAUUUCUGUGAUGCCAAUCUUCAUCGUUGAAUGUAUUCGGUCCAUAGGUUGGCGUCUCGGACUACAAGCGUUGACGGGAAUCGUGUUCAGUACAUUCAUCCUCGGAAUUUUCUACCGACCUGCUUCGCUGUACCAUCCUCAGCGACGAGCUAUUCUCCAUCUGAAGAGCAUGCAGAAGAGGUCUAAAGCUAAAGACAAGAACCCAGCGAUUGAGAAGGUGCCUUUCUUCGACUUCGGGGUUCUAAAAUCGCGCACCGUUCAAAUCCUGAUCAUCGGUACGGCCAUAGCCGCUAUCGGCGUCUCAUCGCCAAUGAUUCUGUUUGUUUAUCAGGCGGAGGAAGACGGCCUGUCGAGAUCGUCUCUGCUCUACCUCCAGGUCUUCCUCGGACUCUCAUUCAUUCUGGGUUCCCUCUGUUACGGGUGUAUCAUUGUGAAUAAUCCCGAAAACUGCCACAUUGCAAGGCAAUACCUCUGCCAAGGAGCUUGCGCCCUUCUCGGAGCGUCAAUGCUGCUGUGUACAACUAUACAUGACUACAGUGGAUAUCUCACGUUCGUAUGGUGCUAUGGCUCUUUCUAUGGAGCGUAUCUCUAUUCUCUGAAGAUGUUCACCCUGGAAAAAGUUAGGGCGAGAAAUUUUGCUAAAGCUUGGGGCUUCAUCCAGUGUGCUCAAGCUAUCCCGAUACUCAUAGGACCUCCUAUAACAACUUUCCUGAAUGAAUAUUAUGGGGACCGCCGAGGCUACUUCGUCUCAGCAGGCUGUGCCUUCUUCGGCGCUUUCUUCCUUUUCCUAAUCGAUGUGCACAAGCGCACACGACCGAGCUCUGCGAAAACUUUCCUCAAGGAUCAGCUCAGUGAGAGGGAUUGUAGAAGGUGCUCCGACGCUCCCAACGGGGAGCUUGGUAAUGGUCUUCCAAGUCGCCGAUCAUCUGUCCAAGAUUCGAUAGUUAUGUUUCCGCGCAUGCUGCAGAGCCAACGGAGCCUCACCUUCAGUAAUUAUGCCGAUUUGAGGCGGCAAGAACUCACCUGCAUCUCCGAGGAGGCUAUAAUGGAUAAUCUUUUGGAAGACCUGAUCGAUGAUUGUAUUACGUCGUGCAAUAAAGAAGAAAAGUAUCUCAUGUUGUCCGAAUAUGAGAACAAUCUGACGAAGGCGGCUUCGCAAGAAAUCGAACGCCGGGCUCGCAUAGCGAACGGCCGGAGGGGGUCGCUCUCGAGCAACCCGAUAUACGACCCUCAAGCUUACGGCUGCGAUCACUGUCCGAACUGUAUGCGACUCGUCGAGACUUCACCGCCUGUCCCGAGACGAGCUUCACCGCGCCGUUCGUUGUUCCACCGACCCUCUCAGGCCGCAAUAUGCUCGGUUGACGUCAUCGAAGAAGUCACUUCGUCCAUGUGA